GGUGGUGGUGGUGGUGGUGGUGGCGCGUAGGCGGGGUUCCCGUCGUCGCUUUCUCUUCUCUGGGGGACUGAACCGUGGUCGUCGUCGUCGUUCGUCACGAUCGAGCCGUCGGGGAUGUUGUUGUCGGUGCCGACGAUACUCACUGCCGAUCGCGACUCGCAGCUUUAAUCUUCUUCCCUUUCCCGUUAUUCCCGCUCGUCUCGUCUCGGCCUCGAGCCAAUCAUGCUGCCAGCCGAAGUCAACAUCCGAAUCGCAACGUCGGAAUUGUCACUGUGAUAUGCUCGUUUCCCUGGCAAACUAUUAUGGAGAUAGCUGAUGCCGGAGGAGGAUCCGACAACAUUGACAGACAGCAGUAUUUUUCAUCGCUGCACCGUCUCGGUAUCAUCUCGUUGUUGUUGCUGCUGCUGCUGAUCGCUGACGCCGGCGGCGGCGGCGGCGGCGGCGGUGGCGGUGGCGGUGGCGGUGGCGGCGUCGCCGUCGGCGUCAGCGUCGGCGGCGGUGGCAUCGGUGGUGGCACUUGCGGGUUGGCCGAGUUAACGUGCCGGGACGGCCGCUGCGUGCCGAUCGACGCCUACUGCAACGGCCAGGAUGACUGCGGCGACGGCAGCGAUGAGCCCAAGAUGUGCACGCCGUGCAAUCGCACGUACCACGGCCGCGAGGGACACACGUACAAGCUGGACUUGCCCAGGCCCGCCGAGGAACGUCUGCCGUUCCUCUGCCACUUGACGUUCACCGCGGCCGGCCAGGGUUACGGCGAGCUGGUCCAGCUGCUGUGGGACGCGUUCAGCGUUGGUCGCGUCGACGCCAACGCCGACAACUACUACACCAGCUGUCCCGAGGGCUCGCUUCAGCUUGCCGAGCUCGGUAGACAUUUCACCGGCGGCUCGUGGUGCGGCGUCAGCGAGGGUCGCGCGUCCUACUACAGCGAAACCAGUACGGUCACUGCCUCCAUACGGCUGUUCCACGCGCCGUCCUCGGUGCCGUUCGAAUUUCGUCUCCGUUACCGCUUCGUCGCGCGCAACGAAGCGGUCGCCCGACUGGGUAAACCAGAACUGCCGAUCGAGCGAGGUUCCCCGGUGCCGGGCACCUACUGCUCUCGCAACUUUUACGAAUGUCACCUGAAGCAAUGCCGGUUGCAGAGUCCGAAUUAUCCGGGCGAGUAUCCGCGCAACGCCAGCUGCCUGAUCACCGUACGCCAGAAGGAAGUACCUACGUGCAAGCACGCCAUGAUAUCCGUCAAGAGCACACCCACCGGUCCGGUCGGUCUCACCACCACCACCACCGUCAACACGAGUCUCAGCGUCUGGCAGGACUGUUCCCCGGAGCGGGAUCGUCUCAUCUUCCGCGAUGGCGCGCGGACGGAAGAUCCGAUCCUCCUGGUGUACUGCGGCGGUCCCCUGCCGCAGGUGACCGCGCGCGGUCCCGCCAUGCAGGUGGAAUUCCGCAGCUCGCCGGUAGCGAUACCGCUGGGCGCUUCGUCGCUGCGGCUCCAGCUUGAACUGCGCGUGAUCUACGUCGACUCGGACGGUCUGGAUUACGCCAAGGGCCCGCAGGGCUGUCACUUCUUCGUGAACGGCACCGGCGUCGGCAGCAAGCGAAGCGGCAUCGUACGCGCGCCUCUGCACGCGCUACCGCCCGGCUCCAGCUGCACGUGGAACAUCAAGGGCGCGAUCGGCGACCGCGUGUGGAUAUACUUCUCGUCGUAUUCGCAACGCGAUCUCACCGGCAACGUCGUCGAGAACAACGGGAACAACUCCAGUCAGACGCCGGACAUCUCCGCGGCGUCGGUGUGCGCGGUUAAGCUCAUCUUCUGGGACGGCGCGCCGAACACGGGUCAGCCGAUGGCCACGCUGUGCGACGACACGCCCAAGCUCUGCGCCCACGCGGCUCUUCGUAAUGUCACCAGGAGCACGAGACCGUGCACCGAGGACGAGAGCUACCUUACGACCGCCCCGAGCUUGACGCUGCGCAUGGAAACCGUUCUGGGUACCGCCCUCCAUCCAAUUAACUUUCACGCGCGAUACGAGUUUGUCUCCACCGUUCAAACUGGCGAACCCUGGGGCGAUGGUAUCUGCAGCCGCGUAUGGCGCAAGAUGCAGGUCGGCGAGGUGAUGUCACCGCGUGACGUACGUCUGUUUGGACGGGGUGGCGCCAGCAAGCUGGAUUGCAGGUAUCGCGUGGAAGCCGGCAGCGGAGAGCGAGUUCGCUUGACUUUGCAUAACGUGAGCCUCGGCGAAUCCACCAUGUGCAUGAGCGAUUCGGAUCCACACACCGGUAGACCGCGUUGCGUCCAGGAAGUAGGAUCCAGGGAAGCGCGUUUGGUUAUUUAUGAGGCACCGUGGCGGGACGUGAGGCUACCCCGGGCGUGUCUGUGCGACAAUACGUCGCACCUGCCGCUCACGUAUAUCUCUUCCGGCCGUGCGCUGGAGAUAACUUUCUUGGUGGACCAGCAGGCACCCCACGAGGACUUCGAGACGCUUUUUUACGCCACCUUCGAGCUCAUCCGCGUGCCGGAGUGUCCGCGGAAACAGAGGAUCCGCGGCGAGGGUGGCGAAUUGAGAUUCGUCACACCCCCGCUCUCGAGACCAGAUAUCUAUUGCGAGGGUCUUCCAUGGCUGGUGGAAGCGCGCGAGAACCGGUCGCUCUUCGUUUUGACCUGGGGCUGGUUUCUGCCGUUGGAGCCACCGCCACUCACCGGUCCCGAGACGUCCAGCGGCGUCAGCGGUACCAGUGGCGGCGGAAGUGGCACCAGUAGCAGCGGAAGUGGCACCAGUAGCAGCGGCAGCGGCAGCGGCAGCGGCAGCGGCAGCGGCGAUCAGGUCAAAUGCCCGACCACCAAUCGCAUUCUCCUCUAUUCCGGCUGGCCGCCAAAGUUGUUGAAGGUGGUGUGUCCGGCGGAACCAGGCUCCCGUGAGUUCACCGUGCACGUGUUCUCGGAGGGAUGGCUGGGCGCAACAGAGGAGGGCGAGUGGCCGGGACCACCAAGGCCGCCCGCAUUACUGUUGGAUUUCGUGGCACGAGAACCCGGUCAGGCGGCUGCUUCCUGGCUAGAGAUCUCCAAGAGCCGCGCGGCAUUGCGCCGGCAGCUGCGUCUUCCGGAAAGGAUUCCAGGGGGAAUAAUGGAGAACGAUACAAACGGCAUGCCGUCGUACAUCGGUGAUUGUCCGCACAAGUGUCCCGAGUUGGGGGCGUGCAUCGCCGCCAGUCUCUGGUGCGACGGCCAUGCACACUGCCCGUCCGGUCACGACGAGGCUAACUGCGGGAACGGCGCGCGGCUGCUCGGGCUGCUCCCGCCUACCAUAUGGCUCGUCGUCGCCGGCAUCGCUGGAAUUGUCACUGCCUUCGCGUGCCUAUUCACUAUUCUUAUUAGCAGAUCGAAAGCUCGCACAAAGAGACUUCACUACAAGGGGCCGAAGAAGAGCAAGAAGCCGCGACGUGCACCGACGGAGGAGACGCUCCUUGGGGCGGCGUCCUGACAACAGCCGCCCGGUUUCGUGGAAUACAUUCACGUGGACCGGGAAACAACUGUCUAGCGACGCUAACUCUGUGCUUCACCGUCCAAUGACUAACACUCUACUCGAUAAAUCCUCCCCCGUGGUGCCAUAUAUGAUAUCGCGCAUAACGAUAGCACGUUCCUCAGACAGAACUCUACCGCGCGCUUCUUCCUCCCCUCGUUCCCUGCGUCGACUCCGAGUCGACAUGGAAAAAAAAAAAAAUCUAUCCACCGAAUGUCUUCUGUUUGCGUGAUAUAAUUAGUGACAUACUUAUUUGUGAUAGUCCUCUACAUGUAUUUAAUUAUAAUUACGCGCUGUGUUACCUUCAUGUACACACCCACACACGUGCGCGCGCGCGAAUCUCUCAACUUAGGUAUAGCUUUAAUCGCGUCUCGAUGAACGGAAAGUAAAUCCCGUGAAGCUACGCGGACGAUUUCGGACGAAGUCUACCUUUCAAACGCUAUUAUUACCUGACGAUAAACUAAUUCGCGCGUUCUCAUACACAUAGCGAUAAUUAUUUUAGAAACUA